CUCUCCAUGGACCUAUACUAUACUAGUCUAUAGUAUCCAUACUCGUUUCUAAAUUGUCUUGCGGAAGUUAGAUAAUUGAUAAGGGAUUAGAUGGGGAUUAGGUCCAGAAUAAAUGGUAGUGUGUCAUAAAAUGGUCUCGAAGACAAAGAAUGUAUUAGAUGCUUCUACAGCUAUACAAAUAAACCAAAAGGGCUAAACAAUAGACUUCCAAACUUGAUUCUGCUCCAUUUACACAUCUUUGAGAGAGAGAGAGUACACGGUCUUAUUUUGUGACACCUUCCCCAUUAUAUUACGAAAGAAAGCGUGGUUUAUUUUUGCGAAUUAAUAAUGGAUCCUGAUUACAUGAACAUUUCCUCCGACGAAGGAACCGACGUAGAUGCUGCGUACGAGUAUUACAGGCGAGAGAGUUUAUCUCUAUCUAGCGUGUCUGAGCCUGAUAUGCCAAAGAGGGCCAGACCAGUUGAACCUGAACCAGAACUGCCCAACGAUUCCACGGUUCAUCAAGGAGAUCGAGGACGAGGACGAGGCAAGGGAAGAGGUAGAGGCAAGGGAAGGGGUAGAGGCAAGGGCAAAGGGAAGGCCAGUUCGAGUAGCCAGCGGGGGCUAACAGAGGAUAUCACAGACCUGACUGCCCCCCGUCGUACUCGUGGACGCAAACGAAGAGGACGCGAGAGCGAGCCGACAGUAUCAAGAAGUACCGACGAGGAUGAAGCAGGCCCCUCGAGAUCUAGGCGUGGCACGGGAUCGGGACAACGUAAGACCAAAACCACAGCAGCCACUUCCAGAAAAGGAAAAAAUCUCAGAACCAUAGAGAUGGAAGCAGAGAGAGUGCGGGAGCUUCGCGAAACGAGGAAAAGGAAAUUGAAGGACGACAUUUCUAGAAUGUCAAGGGACAACAUCGAAGAGAUUCUCUUCAGGACAGUCGAACGUCGGCCUGGAUUGGUGCAUGAUAUUAUGCAUGCGCAUCCACCUGAUGGCACUCCUCCACGUGGUGAAGUGGAUUGGUGCAGAUGUGGCAACUGUCAGGAUAUGCCGACAGACGCGGAGAAGCUGUGCUGCGGCAAUGCCCCUGAAGACUGCCUUAGAGAGCAUGGGGUUUUCAAAAUGAUAACGGACGAAGUGUGCCUCCUUCUACAAAGGGCAAUGUGGGUCGACGCCUACAACCUCGAGGGGGAGCCACAGGAGCCCGGUGAGGAGAACAAAUGUAUGCGCCAUGCUGGAUACAGAAGUUAUAUUUUUUGGCAGCAUGGCAAAUUAGGGCAGGGGAACCGCCGAGUUAUUCCAAGCUGCUGUGUAACAGGGAUUCGCAGACUGUAUCCGAGCAUUAACGGGCAGUACACAGGCUAUCUGCCAGGCAGAUUUGUGUAGCCCAAGGAUGUUAUGACAACUGUAAAUGUUUUAUUACAUUCCAUUAUGCCUUUUGAAAAGCUGGUCAUUUCAGCAACAUUUCAUGAUUGAUGUUAUCACAAUUAGAGUUUGACAGUGUACCUACUUUGUUCUUUACAUUCCACAAGUGUGAAGCUUGUAAAAAUUACAUUUCUUACAUGCAUAACUCAGGGCAACAAAAUUAAACACCUCCCCCAAAAAACCUAAUUGAAUGAUACAAUUUGUGGAAAAAAAAUGGACCUAACGGACGCUGAUGUACACAAAUAUGAAAACUGUUAGGCAGCAACUUGGUAUAUGUUAUUAAGCAAAAUACAAAAAAGUUAAAUAUUUUGUUUUUCAGAACUAGAGCCUUCCAAACCUAUAAAAAUAAAUCAGAUAUUUAUCCUGUAAAUGUGCAGAACUUGUAUUGCCCUUUAAGAUUUUGAAUGUAACACUCAUUCGGUCGAUGUGACAUCACAUGUAAAGUAUCCAUACAAUAAAUUAAACACAUGAAAAGCACUUUAUUUCAAUUUUGUUGUAGACAAAUAUUCAUGCCAUUUUAAUAACAGGUAUUCCUGAGUAAACAUGUGCAGACGAAACAGGUCUUACAGUCAACUUUAUGAAACAUAUUUCGGUACAAUAUACAAUUUUUAACCCAAGUACUAUGCAUCUAAUAGUUAUCAACUUACAAAACUUGUAUCAUUGCAUGAAAAAUAUGUUGCCUUCUGAGCCUGAAAUAUGAACAAAGAUGUAUAUACAACUACUGUAAUAAACGUUUACACACUUUAUAGUCUUCAAAGUUGAGAGUGAAGAAUGUUAUCCUUCCUACUGUAACGUUGAUUUAAAGAUUGAAGUCAUUUUAUCAACACAAUUGAAGUGCAUGUAACUUCAUGUUCAACUUGCACACCUGUAAUUAGUUCCCGAGUAAACAUGUGCAUACAUAACAGGUCUUACAGUCAACUUUAUGAAACAAAUUUCAAUACAAUAUACAAUUUUUUACCACUUGUUAAAACUAGUUCGAUUAGAAGAAGAGAUCUUGCCUAUAGUUCCUGAUUUAUAUGAAAUCAUGUGAAUAUAAAUGUAUUUCAUAGCGAGCUUUUUAUUUUUUGUUUAAUGUACAUGUAUACAGAGUAAUUUAGUACUAUGCAUGUAAUAGUUAUCUACUUACAAAACUUGUAUCAUUGCAUGAAAAAUGUGUUGCCUUCUGGGCCUAAAAUAUGAACAAAGAUGUAUAUACAACUACUGUAAUAAAUGUUUACACACUUUAUAGUCUUCAAA